UUGAGCUUUUAUUAUAUCUGGCAUUUUCGCGAAUAAGCAAACAAAAAGAAAGAAAGAAAAAACCCGAAAAAUUCGUGUGUUUUUUUUCUUUCUUUGAAGGAAUAUGGAAGUGGAGGAUUUUGUUACCCCAAGGUCUGCUUCUGAGAACCCACAGAGGUCAACCUCAUUGACUUCUUUGAGGACUGCCAAUGGCGGUUCCCUUCGUAAUAGUUUUCUUUAUGCUAAGCUUCGUGAAGAACCCAUCAAGCUCUCUGUUCGCAAAUUGGAUGGCUCUUUCUUUGAUGUCGAAAUAUUAAAGAUGGCUACCAUUGCAGACCUGAAGCUUGCCGUGGAGCAUGUGUUUAGUCAAAUGCCAGAUCAAGGGCUCGGCGAGAUUUCAUGGCCGCAUGUUUGGGGACAUUUUUGCUUGUGUUAUGAUGCUCAGAAGCUGGUCUCAGACACUGAUCUGGUCGUAAAAUAUGGCAUCAGAGACGGUCAUCAGCUUCACUUUGUUAGGCAUGUCUCCUCCAUAUAUAACCUGACAAAGACUCGAUCAAAGAGGAGUGUUGCUCGAAAACGACCAUAUCUGUAAGGCCUUUUACAUUGACUUUCGUUUUUUAUGUUAACAUGUUUAAAUCUUUUGUCGGUUCCCAAUUUUAACAGAAAAAUAAUAGGGUAUUCGUUCUAAACUUUAAAACGUUAAUUAAAUUAUGGAUGUAGCAAUAUGAUAUCAAUUAUGUUUUUCCAAUUUA